AUGUCCACCCUCGACGCGCUCGUACAGAUCAUCGCCAAUGGCGUCAAGGAUAUCCAGUCCAAGUCCGCUGAGCGCGGCAUGCCAUAUCCUAUGCCGGAGACACCGCCCAGCCCGGAGGGCGAGAAGCUGCAAAGUGACCUCGCGGCCGACGCUGCACCCGUGAUUGCUGCUGCAUGGCAGCUCAUCGCAACGCUCAAGCAUCCCCAUACCUAUUUACUGGAGCUCGGGACCUUGACGUACCUGUCUGGCUCGAUGUCGGCUGCAGAGGCGGCAUAUGUUCCUGAUGUUCUGCGUGAGGCAGGCACGAAGGGCCUACAUGUUAACGAGAUUGCGGCAGUCAGAAAUAUUGAUGCAGGAAAGCUAGGCCGAAUCCUAAGACAUCUUGCCUCUCGGCACAUCUUCGAAGAGGUCGUACCAGAUGUCUUCAGGAACAACCGCAUCUCUUCGUCCAUGUGCACGGGAAAGCCUGUCCAAGAUAUGGUGAGAAGUCCUAUUGAUAGGUGGGACGACACCAAUGGGAUUGCCGCUUUCGUUUCAACACAAGCAGAGACUCAGCGGGGCAAUGCCUGGCUGGCAGAACACCUCCUGGACCCUGCGAUGGGACACUCGCAGGAGUCGAACGAGGCCCCAUGGCAGCGUGCCAUGCACACCAAACUGACCCUGUUUGAAUGGAUGGAGCGUCCAGAGCAUGCGCUGGAGAUGCGCAAGUUCGGCAUCAGCAUGCGUGCGAGUACGAGCUCUGAUGACAGCAUCGUCACGACACGAGGCUUCGAGUGGGCAUCACUCCCCUCGGGCAACCUGGUGAUCGACGUCGGCGGCGGAGUCGGCAGCUUGACCAUGUCUCUUGCAAAGGCUCACAAGCAUCUGCGAUAUGUCGUCCAGGACAGACAUGCUGUGGUUCAGGAAGGGGAGCGGCUGUGGAAGGCAACCAUGCCCGGGUUCGUUGAGAAUGACAUCGUACGGCUGCAAGGUCAUGAUUUCUUUGCGGAACAGCCCAUCACGAACGCCGACGUAUUUGUUCUCCGGUGCGUCCUUCACGACUGGCCGGAUAAGUACGCGAGCAAGAUCCUGUCGCGACUCCGGGACGCGGCACAGCCAACUACCAAGCUCGUCGUGAUGGACGCUAUCAUAGACUACAUGUGUCGCGACUCUGGCGCUGUGGCUGACAUCCCCGGCGCUGCAAAGCCCCAAGUUCAAGAACCGUUGUUGCCAUACGCCGACUCGGCGACGGGCUUCAUGUAUGGCUUAGAUGUGGGCGUGAUGACCAUUGCGAAUUGUCAAGAGCGCACUCUCGGGCACUUCGUCGAGCUUCUCAAGGGCGCGGGCUGGAAGGUUGAGCGGGUGUGCCGCUUCGAGCCUCCCCUUCCACAGCAGCUCGUCUGCUCACCUCUCGCCCCCAAGGCUGUGCUAUCUACUGUCCAGCAUACUGCACACCUGUAA